GGGGGGGGAGGGAAGAGGAAGCAGGCCGAGUAGCCAACCGCAACAAUAUGGAGGAGGAGGCCAAAGGCAUCCAAGAGCGUGAGACACCCAUACUUAAGCAUGUUAAUGCGCUGCUGACGGUGCAUGGACUGCCACGCCACCCGCGGGCAGAGCUAAAGCGAGUCCUUGCGGCGUACGACCUCAACACUGACGGAGCGCUCGACGCUAGUGAGCUGCGGCUGCUGGUCCAUGACAUGUAUGCUGUGGCCAUUGCUGAGGCUGCUGACAAGGGUGCGCCCGAGUGGUACCUCCGCAAGGCCCGCAAGGCCCUCGAGUCGUCGCGUGGAGAGUCUGCCGUCGCUGCCGCUGUCCACGAGCUCCUCGACCUGCAGGCCGCACACGGUGGUGUCCUUGACUGGGACGCCUUUGUUGACACUCUUGAGCAGCAGAGCACAGAAUCGGCCAUCCGCCGCUCCAAGUACUGGCGCCUCGCUCCGAUCUGCGACAUCAAAAUCGUGCUCGACGAUUUUGUCGAUCCCUAUCGCAAGGUCAAGAUCUUUGUGGCUGGCGGCAUGGCUGGCGCCGUGUCCAAGACCGUCGGUGCUCCACUCUCUCGCGUCACCAUCUUGCGCCAGACCGCCACCCAGCGCGGUGUUGCCAGCCAGCCGUCGGUCGCUGCCAUGGUCCGUGACAUCUGGGCCCGUGAGGGCCUCCGCGGCUUGUUCCGUGGGAACGGCCUCGAUGUCCUGCGAUCCAUACCGUCGCAGGGCAUCACUUGGCUGGCGUACGACGUUUUCAAGUCGCUUCUUCGCGAGUACGACACAUCCGAUUCCCAGUCAGCGUCGCGGUUUGCCGCCGGCGGCCUCGCUGGGUGCGUCGCCAUUCUCACCACCUAUCCGCUCGAUCUCAUGCGGACCCGCAUUGUGUGCUCCACCAGCAGUGCUGCUGGUGCCGAACCGUCGGUCGUCGGCGAGCUCCUCCGCGUUGCCCGCUCUCAAGGCCCGCUGGCACUCUACCGCGGUGCCGGCAUUGCCUGCCUGGAGAAGGGUCCGUCACUGGCCAUCUCGCUCGGCAUGGCCGACGUGCUCUCGACCAAGCUCCGCGCCGCCGGCGCACCCGACUCGAUGCUCACGUCGUUGGCGUCGGGCGUCGCCGCCGGCGCACUCGCCUCGUCGGCCACCUACCCGGCCGACCUGGUGAUGAAGAACCUCCAGCUCGACGGUGCUGCCGGCUCGACGCGCCAGUACCUGGGCGUCGGCGACUGCAUCACCAAGCUCUUCCUCCGCUCCGGCAUCCGCGGCUUUUACCGCGGACUCUCGGCACAGCUGAUGAAGAGCAUGCCCAUGGCCGGCGCCUCGUUUGGUGUCUACUCGCAGGCCCGUUCCUGGCUCGGCCUCUACCACGUGCCGGACGCGUGA